ACAAAGGGUGUUUUUGAAAUUUCACUUUAAAAGCUGUCAAAACCGCAUUGUGGUGAGGACGAAGUGUAAACUAGACGUCAUAGCUUCACGGAGAAUCAACCACAAUGAAACCCCUUAGGACGAUAGUGAUCUUAAACAGGGACUUAAAAAUAGAAUACGAGAUGAUACGGUCAACGCACAGGUCAUGACAUUACGAGCCCAAACGACGCUAGAAAUACGAGACAUGCAAAACUAUUGGAGCCCAAACCACUUUCAAAAUGGCGCCAGUACUCAAUAUCGAUCGAUGUAGCGAUGCACACAACAUGUGAGAGAAACCCAAAGAUGGAUGAGUCUCGCUUCCUAAACAUGUCGCAGACGGAGCAACAAGCCGCCAAUUCGUCGCUUGAGAGAUUACGCCGGAGCAUUGAAGGAGCUUUGAAGAAAGAAAAGCAAACAGCAGAAAAAGCUGCCGUAAAUCGGUAUAUCCGAGAUGCCUCCGUGCGGAUGGAGCUUAACCUGCCCAUCAAGCCAACAAAGCAAGACGCUGCACUGAAUAACAAGAAAAAACCAGAGUGCAGGCUUCCCAUCCUAGACAUGGAGAUUGAAAAGGAAAGACCACGUGAUACGGAGGAAAACUCCUCAGAACGCCUCGCAAGUCUCGACACACUACUCUCAAGCCCUGUGUCUGAGUCUUCUUCAAAACAGAACAGACAAAACUCCGACUCUACCCUCAAACUACCACCAAUUAUUAUUGAAACAGGACAGCGCACACAUGGCGCCAAACGGAAGCGAAAACGCACUAAGGAUGAACAUAAAGUUGUCAAUCAUGCUGAUGGAAGCGAUGACGCAAAGAAAUUACACAGCAAGACAGACACUAAUCCAUCAAAAAGCAAUGUAAAGAAAGGACACAAUGAUACUCAAACAAAAACAUCUCGUAAAGUGUCGGGCGAUCUUCCUGCGGGAGAAGGAAAUUGCGAGCAAACGAAAGCGAACCGAACAAAUUACGACGAACUAGCGGUGGCAGUACGGACACGUGCCAAAGAGUACGCGAUUAAUGCGCAAACAAAAUCAGAGGAUGAGGAGUCAUUAAAUGUAGUUUUGUGUGGACGGUCCCCAGGGAACACAUUUGAAAACACACAGCUGUUUGUGUCAAAACAUGGACGAUUUAAAAGUAAAUAGACCAUGAGACAAAUCUUCA